AUCUUGUUUCUCCGGGCUCCCAGACGCAUCUACGGCCCUGCGUACCGUGCCGUCAUGCUAGAGUGCAGGUGGGCCGAGGGCCAACGGAAACAGCCGAGCGCACGCUCGGGGGAAAACCGAGCGGCGGCACUCUGCGAGUACUGUUGUCAGAGUAUUCAGUAAUGCUUUGCAUGGCCAGCCAGUCGCUACUAGGCUCGUCGGUGAGAGUCGUGUCGUUCACUCGAAGUGAUCGUGUGGUGUUACUCGACAAGCCAGUCGGAAGGCUAUAUACCGAAAGCCGAGGUGUAAAGCGAAGGGCGACGAACAAAUCCUCAGACGUGAAGUGUAUUUCGUGAGACUGUGAAAGAAAGAAAAAAAACAAACAAACGAACAAAGCCUAUUUAUAAGCGGAGCGUACACCGACGGUGGAGCUUCGAUAUUCACGUACUGUUUCUUCACUAAAAACAAAAAUUCCAUUACGUUGCACUGUGUAUGGUACACGAGCAAUCCAAGAUGCUGUCGUCAGUGCCAGCGAAAUAAUAAUGUGGUGCGACGUUGGUCAGAGUUGUGCAAUGAUGGGUCUGCAGGCCACGGCAGGAAAACGUAAACUGGAGGGAGGUGUGGGCUGCAUGGAGUUCGACAUGGAUAUGGGCGAGAGCCCAUCGAAGUUAGGCCGAGUGGAGGGUAGCUGGUGGGCAAUGGAAGAUGGUUACACGCCCCCGCUGAGCCAAACGCCGACGUCAUAUUACGAGAUGGAAGUGAGUCCGCCAUGCCUGCAGACGAAUCCUUGUCAGCCAACAUCGGCUAGUUCCCAGCAACAGCAGCAGCAGCAGCAGCAGCAACAGCAACAACAACAGCAUCAGUCGUCGCAGCAGCAGCAACAGCAACAACAGUCGUCGACACCAACGUCAGCGCCGCCGGCAUCCACGGUGGCCCACCUGCACCAUCACCCGCAGCAUUAUUACCAUCAUCAACGUGGACCGGGCAGUCCGGUCGGUAACAACGGUUACAGUCAACUCUCGAGGCCUCAGCCGCAGUGGGGGGCGCCUCAUCAUUACGAGCCGCCGACGAUACGGCGCGAGGAAAACGGGAAGAGUUAUCUGGAGCUCGGCUCGAGUUACCGAGCGAACGAGAGGUGCUGCGAGGGCUCGAGGUCGAGUUGGUGUCGACGCGGCAGAGCCUGUUACAGACAAAGGCGGCUAGCCGUCCUGAACAUUUCUAUGUGCAAGCUGGCGAGGUAUCGCCAGUUCCCAGAUCCGAGCCUUCAUCGAUCGGUUCUCAUCUGCAACACGCUCAGGCAUCUGGAACGCGAGAUGGAGAGGGACAGAAGUCCGCCGCCCAUGGAGCCGGUUAUACCAGCGCCGAUCGCUCAACUCCAACCACCGGAGCAGGGCAGGCUGACGCCGUUUCCAAUGCCUCCGACAUCGUCGAAUGAAACUGACGUCGAUUCCGGUAUCGGCGACAGCGACGAUAGUCGUUCGAUCAACUGGGGCAGCGUGCUUUCUCUAUCGAGUCAGUCGCCCCUGGACCCAUUGAACAACAACGAGCUACUGGACGUCGAUAUCGGUCCGGACUUAGACUUAGACUUCAUGCCUGGAUGGAAGCUGACGCCCCUGUCCGCGGACGACAUCCUCAGGAGUACGACGGCGCAGGAGCAACACCAGCACCACCAACAGCAGCACCAUCAGCAUCAACAGCAGCAGCAACACUUAGCGCCGUCUAGCGGCAGCUGUGGCAGCAGCAACGUGGGCAGCGCCUGCGUCAGCACCGGUAGCAGCAGUAGUACGCACGAGUCGUUGAUGUGCGUUGGAUCAUAGCCCCCGAUUUUAACAUCGUUGAGUCACCUCAUCGAUUUUUACCCACUGAUGCCGCAGAGCAAAUAAAAAGCGCGGCUCGAAACAAACAAAAAAAAAAAACUGCAAGUCGAACCGUUGGUUGGCCUCUCUCGAAUCCAUUGACGCCUGGUUGGCCGACUCUCCAGGAGGUCUUCUUUUUCUUAUUUAUUACCGUAACGUGUCGGUUGCCCGCCGAUCGAUUAUCUAUGGUUACGUUCCAACUACCACCGCCAACCGAUACUACCAUGGGUCUGCUCCCCGUGGGAGAUGGGUACGCGUCGUGACACGCUGCGCUCGCAGGUGCAGACCGUAACGGGGAUACGCAACGGCGCAUACAUUGGAAACGGGGUUUAGAACGCGAGGCAAAGAGUUGAAACUCUGCAACGCGAGAUCGGGUACUACUUCGGCUUCUCAACGGACACCUCGAACGACUAGGUAUACUAUAUCGCAAACGAUGUCUGUUUUUGCAGUUGCACCUGCGAAUUCGGCGGCGCACGUUAUGAGAGGGUAUUCCCCCCCCCCUGGCUCUAAGCUCGGAGUGUCGCCAACCAUGGCACGUCAGACUGAGAGAGCGAGAGUGUGUGUGUGUGAGAGAGAAAGAGAAAGACAGAGAACACGAAAAAGUCUCAGAGCUUUCAACGUCCACGCCCCCCGGGCCGGCGAUGCGGUAGACGAGUGGCAGGGAGAGCCUUACCUCUCUACGAGUCUUUAAAGCGGUGACUACGCGACAGACCUACGUGUACUCAACGGAAAAAACAAACUCAUCGUGACCCUGUUCGUACGUUUUUUUUUAAUGCAAGUAUGCGAUAUCAUGGUAUCCCUUGCCUAGCCGGCCGACGUUGAGAACUCUACGGCGAUGUCUCGGCUAGCGACAGCCAAUCAGAAAACGGGAGUGUCCAUCGAUCGAUGGGUUUUCUUUGGGGAUUAAGGAAGACAUUGAGAACCAGGCGACAAUUAAUUAACCCUUGAUGGUACAAGUACACUCAGAGAAAGAACGGUUAAAUUUUUACUAUUUAAAAUAAAUGAAGGUACGUUACGAUCCUGUAAACGAUUUCUGUCAACACAACCGUCAAGGUUUUUAGAACUUGGACUGCUAAGGGUUAAAUGCCAUACACUCUGACACACCGAUGGUACACUUACACGCAUAGAACGUAACCGCCGUGGCCUAUACUACACACCCAUCAUACACACAUCCGUACAUCAUACAUACACACACGUACAGUGACACGUUUCGUGCAUAGAAAAGUCGAUAUGGUGCUAGGACGACACACGUCCUGGUGCUCAAUUCUGCUCUAUACACAGAGCCAUGUGCGUACUAUUCGCACGGAUCGCCUGCAGUCUUCGUCGAGGAGUCUAGAUACGUCCUGACGUCGUGAACAGGACACGGGUGUAAUCGAACGCCCUUCCAUCGAGACGUUCGGCGUAGCUAGACCUCGGACUAACCUAAAUAGUCCCUGAAUCAGAGUUCGCUAGACGAGCUGGGCUUCUUUCACCGAUGAACAAUUAGCAGACAACCUGAAAGACAGGUAUACACGAGAGUACAAUGACGAAAUGUUGAAUAAGUUAUACAAAGAACGAGGAUGUCGAAACAACUGUUUAACACGUUCACUGGCCUCCGUUACGUAUGUAUGUUUACGUAGAUGCAACAAAUAUUUAUUGGUAUAGGAAGCUCUGAAAUUUCAAGUAGAUAAGCAAUUUUCAUGGCAGGUGAAACACGAGUUCGCCUCAUAAUAAGGGCAGUGAAUGUGUCGAGUAGUCAGUUUUAGAAGAAAAAUUUCAUUUGCCAGAGAUUGAAGGAGAUUUGAAGAAUAGCGAAAUGGAGCUAAAAGGGUAGCCAUUGGUGGGUCUAUGAGAAGUCCAGGUGGUCUAGCAACGCUGCCCUGAAUUCGAGAGCAUUUACUAGAGAGGCUGUAUUCAGAUUGGGACACGUGAUCAUGAAUGGAAGAGCGUUCGAGGCGAGACCACUCUGUAUUCUGGGGCACGACGCCUAACAAAUGUACCUGCAUUUUAGAGAUCGGGAUUAAUAUCGGUCCCUUCGGAUCGUCGCGCGAAGGCCACUGUGCGCCACUGAUCUCCCGUUAAUGUAUCAUAUACACGUGUAAAAUAGAGUGGCCGACGGGCAUAGAGCGAAGGUGACCGUCACUCGGGGUGUGGAACGAAGAGAUUAAUUAAUUAAACUCGACGGAGAGACGCACUCCGCGAAGAGGAACGGCGAUCCGCGCGCGAUCUCGUCCUCAACGUCCACUAACCGAACCCAGGAGAGCAGCUAUACUUAAAUCGAAGUUUAAGCGUUUAAACCGAGUCUAACGCGAUAAAGCGAUAUAAUAAUUUAUAAAUCGACUGAUUACUUACGCGAGAGAACAAACAGAGAUAGGUACAAUAACGUUUUGCGACACAUGUUGAUUUAAACUGUAAUUAAUUCGAUGUGAACACGUUGCGCGCCGGCCAGAUCUCGUUGAUCGCCUAGGCGCCGGUAGUCUUGUUGCCUGUUGCGACGAUUAGGUGUUUAUCGUAAAAUACCUUGAAAACGUUUUAAAUUUUCAUCGGUAUACAAGAAAAUUUACUAUUUCUGUUCUUGUUAAAUAUUUUUAUAUGAUUAAUCAAGCACCAAAUGCAAUUAUUUAAUUUCACUUUGCAAACGUUUUCAAUCUUUACCAAUAAUAUGCAGUAUACAUUGUAAAAAAAUAUGCUAUUAUGAAUUUUUCUUGGUAAAUGAUGUAUGAUCAAUCAAGCACGAGAUAAUAUUCAACAGAAAAUAAUAUUUGUACCAAUACUGUGAAUCAUGAAACAAAAAUGUUUACUUCAAUGUUUACUACUGCAAUCCAUGUAAACAAUAUUCUAACAGAGUUAUCGUUAAUUGUUUAAAUUGUGUUUUGUUUGGUAAAAAGGAUGAAUACGCAAGAAAACAUCGAUAACGACUACCCAUUCAAUUUAAAACGUGUUCUGUGUGGUAUGAAAGGAUCCCUAUAUACAGGGGAAUCCCGGCGGUUAAGCGAUAGGCUAAAAAGUCCCUUUAGUAACUGCGGGACCGGCGCGCAAUGCGUUGAAGCCAGCAUGUACACACACGUACAUACAAGAACGACACGCUACACUUGCAUACAGACAUUGUACAUGGAACAUGCUAGAUACUUGUAUGUAUAUAGGUACAAACAUAUACGUAACAGUCACACGGUACGUGCUAAGUUCAUUGAUCAAACGUGAACCGUGAAUUUUGGCCGAUUAACAUCUUUCGUUCCUUCGUUUAUUGUAUCCAUGAGUUCGAAAUUCUCCAAUUUCGCUCAAGUAUGAUAACCUUUCGUUGUUGCUCUGUUAAUUUGAUUGUGCGUCGUUUUUUGAUAUUUUGUGUUACAUCCACCGCCCCUCUCAUCGAUUCGUUCCUCUCGUAUUUAAUGUAAAACAACGAGCAAUAUUAUGUUUAACAUUACGGGGAAUUUAAGAAUAGAUCGAGUUGAAACGACUCCCAAGGUCCAUAAUAUGCCGAGGGAGCUUCUUUGUUAUCUGAUACGCCAUCUGAGUACUUUUGUGACAGUCGUACAGCGCAUGUGCAGACAAAUUAGCGUCUUUUAGAAUUACUUUUGCAUUCCAAUGUAUCAUUGCAAAGAAACAUCAGGCGGUUAUUGAGGGUGUAUCGAAGAAUAAUUAAUAGAUUUUGUUAUAACGACAAAUUUAUGGUCAAAUAUCUAGUCGAGGAGUAUGCGAUACAGAGAAAACGCUCUCACAGCACCUCUUCGAGUCGUUUCAAUGUAGUACCUUAUCUACGGCCAAGUGAUAACAUAAAACAUUACAAACACCAUACAGAAACACGUACACGCACACAGGGACACGUGCACGAACGAAAACGUUGUGUGAAAUUAUAUAUGCGCGCUUGAUGCGAAAAUGUCCGGAGCGUUUCAGUAACAAACACCGUUGUUUUCUUGCAUGGUAUGAAGACGAGCUCUGGCAUGAACGUCCAAGACACUUGGCGCACGCGAGUCCUUUAACGUACGCUAGAUUGUUAAAAAAUUUCGUCCAUCGCGUUGGUGCGACUCGCGUGCGCUAUGUAGUGUCUCGCGACUGCAGCGCCACCUCAUCGGAUGAGCUUGGUGUUCCGUGCAUAGCAACAAGAGAGAUGCGAGCGUCUUCUUUACAUUGCAUACAAGUGAAAACAAAAUACUCAUACCACACGAUCGGUAUUUCGUUCGAAUCGAGCUGGCUGUCAAGCGGAAUACCAAGCACGGCGUCGGAACAGGGCGUGGUGGUGUGUUCUCGCCUUUCGUUGAAAGAACAGACACUCGAGGGGACGGGGGGAAAAUUAUUUCGUACUUUUUACACGAGUGUACCUUUGACGCGUUGAAAACGCGCCCGUAAAUACGGUACCGGUGGAGUACCUGCAAAUUCGGCCGACUGAGGGCGGACGGGGCGAAAAGAGGCGCGGGGCGAGUUCGUCGGGGUUCAUGGCGUGAAAACGUUUGUAACAGAGAUGGGCAGAUCUUUAAUUAUAACAAGAUUAUUAAUGUAUAAUAACACAGAGACAAAGAAAUCUCUGUGCAGUGAUUUACUCACGAUGUUUAUUCGAAGGAAGUUAUUCGAAUAAGCUUUCAUUCGUUCACCAUAGAAUAUAUGAUACGAUGAUACAUUUUAUUCGAAAUUUAUCACGUAGAUUAAAUUUCUGUCCAUCUCUGGUGUGUAACCGUGCGAGGGAACGACGAUCGAACAUAACGCACGCGCGCUUCGACAUUACACCGGCGCGCGUAUUAAUGUUUAAAGAAAAUGAGUGUGCGACGAACACUUCGGGGACUACGAUUUAAACGAAAAAAAAAAAAAAAAUUACCGGGAACGUUGUAAAUAGUAUAAAUAGCGCACGCGCAGAAGUACGUUUAAGCGGAAAAUAAAAGAUGAUAUAAUAGGUAUAAUGUGAAGAAAAUAUACAUAUAAGAUAUUAUUAUAUAUUAUAUAUAUAUAUAAACACAAGAAGUAUAUAUAUAAGAUUAUUAUAUAUAUUUACCGUGAUAAGUGAUAAAAAGCGGCGACGGGGACUCGCAUAAUCUCGCUGCCAUUCGGAUAGAUGGCGUCAGCGUUUCGCAGGCGGACCACCGGGCCUUUCCCCCACUCAAAUUCAGUUCAAUGCAUGCGCAACCGGCGGAGGUGUAUCUCGAUCAAACGAUAUUUGCAACAACUGACCACUCUAUUGUCAUCCAUGCAGCUCUUCCAGAACGUGAUUACGUACGCGUUGAAUGUAGAUAAUUACAAUCAAUGGGACGCGUUUGCGGACUCGCAGCCUAUUUUGAAGUUUCCCGCCCUUCUAUGCUGGAGCGGUCAGUUGCUUCAAGCGAAGGUUUAUCGUAUGCAAAGAUUAAUAACGGUUGCAUUUAACGGCACCAGUUUGCGUUUCCACAGUUUUAAUAUUUUUCAAAUAAUUUACAUAUAAUUCAAUGUCACCCAGAACCUCGAUAAUUUUCUUUAAUGCUUCAUCUUUUUUAUUUCUAAUUUUUUAUGAUGGGAAUUUAUUCCAUCUAUAAAGGUAAUUAAUUUUAUCUAAAAAUACUUGCGAUUGAAAUCAAUAGUGUCACUGGUAGUAGAAAAUUGGCGCCAAUUGUAUGUCGUCAAUGAUCUUUGUAUGUGGUAAUCCGGCCUGUGUUUGUGAUCGAUGUUGGCGACACCGUCUCGCCAGGGUUGUGUUCUUAACUCCUUACGGGACAGAAGUUUGUAUACUAUUCUCUGAUGUACGUUUGCACAUGGAUUGGAAUAUGUAGAAGCACGAAAUAGAAGGCGCAAACGUAUCAUCAUCGAGUAUAUUAUUAUUUACUAUUUUAUUCUUAAAAGAGAGAAUAAUGAAAACGUUUCAAUUCUAUUGUCCUAUGAAGAGUUAAUCGAAUUGGGCUGGCGCGAAGACGUACGAUUAAGUUCCUAUUACACAAUAUCUAAACGAGAAUUAGUUAGCAAUUAACCCGGAUUAAACUAAUGUGCAACGACUGCCCGAGUGGGCCGCCUCGCGACCGCAUAAGCGUCCUCGAUUCUUUUUUUUAUACGGUUAUUAUUAUUAUUAUUAUUAUUAUUAUUACUACUAUUAUUAAUAUUGUGGUGUGUGUACCGUGGACAGAAACAUCAUAUCUGACUGCGCCAUCGUUUAAGAUAAUCGAGCACUUCUCGCGAACACAACUUAGGACUUUUUUACGUUCUAUUAAUCUCUUAUGCACAAUGCCACUGUUUACCGUCUGCGAAAAUUCUUCCUUAAGGGCUUCCUUGAAGCUAGCCCACGAUCUAUCAUAUUUCUCGUGUCUCACAAAUAUCUUAGUGGACCUCUUUAACAGACGCUUUGCAUAUAUGAUCUUUUGGACACUUGUCUAACGAGUAACUGAAUGCGUUAAAGAAAAACGCAGCCAAGCUUAUUCUCUGCACACCCACACAUUCAUUCAUCAAUCCCUUAAAAACUAAACAGUCUAUGCUGUAUCUUAUAACCUAAACACAUCCUCGAUGGCGCGUCAUGGCGCCGAUACCUCUUGACGUGUUGUCAACUUCGUCGCCUGACUUUCGACACCACAAUAUUAUUAUUAUUAUUACGUUUGUACUAAACACCCGCUGGACGCAAGAAUGGUCUCCUUCUUUCGUUCGGCGGGUUCGAUGAUAUUGUCCCAGAAAACAACGAGGACGAGCGAAUGUGUUACACAUUGGAUUGGACGGGAAAGUCUUUUCAUUCUUCUAAAAGAGAUUAAAAUUAAAUCGAAAGAAAUAUUCGUACUUUUUUUUAAAUAAAAGAACGCAUUAAAUUAUAGGUCAUGUAUACGUGCGUAAAAUUAAUCCUUUAUUGCAUCAUGUGGAAAUUAAUUAAAAAGAGUUUUUCUUUUUUAAAUUUUAUUAAAUAGAUUGCAUAGGAUUUGCACGUAUUUUCUUAUGAAAGUAUCUUAUUUAUUGUUUAAAGCGAAUAUUAAUUCGAGCAAUUGUGUUUUUUUUUUUUUUUUUGUGGUGGAUAGAGAAUAUUCAUGCAAUAGAGGGUUAAAAAGAAACGCGUGAUUCACGUGGACUCAUCUGUCGAUGAAAAGAAGAAGACUCUUCGUCCAAUCCAAUGGAUCGGAACGGUCAUCGAGACGAGCGAGUCCCAUCGUAACCGCGAACCUAGGACAGGUGGAAAAAACACACGACACUGUACAUUGUAAAUAGUAGCGCGGAGAAGACGGUUACAGAAAGACAGAGUUAAUUAAUUAAAAGGAAAAAAAAGAUGACGCGAGGAAACGAGGUUGCAUCGAAAUCGCGCCGGGCGCGUGAAGCGAAUGCACGUUCCAUAAAGGAUCGUCGAUUGUACGGGAAAUAAGAAACGUUCGAGGCUAGAGAUGGGCAAAAUUCUUAUCUAGAUAAAAAUUUCGAAUAACGAAUAACGGGCAAACGAUCGUUUAUCCGUUAUUUAUUUAAUAAAAAUUAGGGUUUAAGUUAUAGAACCAAGUACUUCACAAUGGGCAAUUAAAUAAUUUUAAUGUUCGAUCGAAUAAGCGUGACGAAUAAAUUGCUAUACGCUGGGUCUUAUUCGUUAUCUAAUAUUCGAAUAAAAUUUUGCCCAUCUCUGUUCCAAGCGACGUUGUACAAAUUUUUAUCCAUGUGUGUCGUAGACUGUUCGAAAUUACGAAGGCCAUAGGCGUAACAACUUAUUUGCGAAAUAAUUUAUACGACCGCCAUUGGCACGAUUGUUCAAAAGACAGAUUAGAGUGUAGGAGGUUCUCAAAAAAUCCGUGAUGUGGCACUGCCAUGCAAGAGAAGCUGUAUAUCUUCGUCUGGCACCUUUGCCUUUUCUUCUCUAUCUUUGUCCUCUUUAUAUCUUUCGUCUGAUCUGUCUUCGUACGAAGGAGAGUCAUACAAUAAUGUUCCCAGAGGUUGGUAUGAAAAAGAAUACAGAGUUCCUUCUGUCUCCUCCUCCGAUUUAAGGAAUUCGAAUCUGUUUUUCAUACUCAUUCUUAUUUUAAUCUCUUCUUCUCUAUUUCGCCAGAAUGAAUUUCUUAUCGUUACUGGUCUGUUCUCCUAUCUCUCUAUUUUUUCUUUUUGUUUAUUUCUCUUCCAUCCUAUAGAGGGGAAUUCCUUCUCGUCUAUAUUGAUGUCGAACUCUUCAUUACUUCUAUAGCCGAAACCUCUCCUUUCUUCGAUACCCAAUUCUGCUCUCGCUAUUUCUCUGGCCUCUAUGUAUGAAACGUUCUUAAACACCAUAACCUUAUUUACCCUAGUGUAGAUUUUCGACUUUGAUUUCUGCUUAUUUCUGCUUAGAAAAUAUAUUUUCUGGAUUCUGUUUUGACUCCAACAUCUUCCGUUUCCGGAGGAUAUUGGCGUCGACCUCUACUUCCAUAUCCUCUGCUUUCAUGUUUCUCAAUUUGGGAACUUUCGUUCCUAGGAGAAACCUUUUUUCCCCUAUUGUCUGCAUUAUUUCCCUAUGUUUCUCCCUGGUGGUGACCUAACCUCCCCAAGGAGAAUUUCAUUUUCCUCCUUGUCUGUCUAUAUUAUUCUUGUUUUAGUCUGUACCUUCACCCACUUUCACUUCUCCAAAAAUACAAAUCCUAUUUUACUUUUCCACCGGAAUUCUCUUCUACAUCGCUCCUGCGCGCCCACCCGCCAUUUUGAGAGCCGCCACCGGUCCGCUGCCAUGUAUAAUAAGUUGUUACGCCAUUGCAGGGCCUCUCAGAAAUCUAAUGGGGCCCAAGUUAUUUGCCUUUCCAAGGCCUCUAGUAUGUUAAAGAAAUAACUGUAGGUAUAUUAAGUGAUGUUUUUGGUCCAAAGAGCGAUUGUAUUAUUUUUAUUUCGAAUCUGUUAGUUGAACUUGUAAGGCUUUGGCUUGAAGAGUCUCCAAUUACUAAAUCGUACAUUAGUAAAUAAUUAGUUUGGACACGUAAUUCAAAUUAACUAUUUACAAGAUUCAUCCUCAUUUUCUUUAACUUCGACUGUGAAAAAAUGUAGCAGCCAAACUUCGCUCCAUUUAGCAUCGUCUUCUAGAAAUCUUCUUGAGUUCUACCAAGUCAAACGUUAUUCGAGACACUAUGGAAUCGCUUUUUGCACCAAAACUAUUAACAUUGCCAAACCAUAAACUGAUCACAAGAUCGUAACAAUUUCUUAACUGCCUUUUUGUAAAAAUUCGGGGCCUCUACAAAUGCGGGGCUCAGCUGGCCCAGCGUCUAUGACUCCUAUUAGCUUCACUUCGCCUGAAAUCGACGAAUCCUGAGAGAGUACGUUCGCAAUACGAGCCGUGUGUGCGGCCAUUUUAAUAGAGCUAGGAAAAUUUUAAGAUGCACGGUUGUAUCUUCGGACGUGUGCCGAUCACUCGACUGUAAUCCGUAUUCGUGUCAUAAGGCCGCGUGUAAAAGUAAAACGAAAGAGAAAAUAAUGAAUGAAAAACGAAAAAAAUAUCCUCGUCGCAAGUACGAUACAGUAAAAAAGAAAUACUGGAUUGUUACUUUGCUCGAGCGUUCCAGCAAAAUUUUAUUUACGGAUGCAUAGAUGAAAAUAGGGAAAAAAAGAAAAGAAACACAAACAAACGCGAAGGAAAAGAUGCCACGAAUCGCAAUUACUCUAGUCCUAAGUGGUCCACGAAGCGUAUGGUACAACAAGAAUACACGGUUCUCGAGUGAUUGGACACGUUUAUAAUUAUCAUUUUUUUCGUCCGUUUCAUUUUGUUUCGAAGUUGUGACGUUGUAUUGCAUACCGUUUUACCAAAAUACCAACAAGCAGAAAAACAGCAGCAACAGACAACAAAAUGGGAUUAAACAAAUGCAUCGCAGAAAAACGAUUAACCUGAUGAAAAGUAAAAGAAUAACGCACGAUAUGGACAACAACAACAAAAACUAUCAAAAACAAUAAAGAGUAUUAUUCUAUAUAUAAUAA